UAAGGAAAUAAUAUGAGGAAGACAUGAAGAUGCUCUGAAAACUUGUUGAGUUGCUCCCCCUAGUGUUUGUAGAUAUUAAUACACACAGUAGGAUGUGAAGGUUAGGAUUGAACAACUGUCAAAACUACAGUAAACAAGCAAGGAAACAUUUGGGAAAUAAUUGUUAGGUUAUAUACAGAAACAUUUCUGGUAAUCUGAACUACUUGUUUAAUUUGGGCAUUUCUGUAGAGAAACAAUAAAAUAAAAACUGAGGUAAACAAAGCAAUGCCAAAUAAGCAUUUUAGUUUGAGUGAAACAAUUUUUGUACUACAGUAUAACUUAAAUACAGUCAUAAUUCAAACAUUAAUUUUCUAGCCAAGACUGUUAUUUUAUUAUUACUUUAAUUUUUAAACGGAAGUUGCCAACAACAAUGGCUACUACACAUACAAAGAAUUUGUCUUGGUGACAAAAGCUUCCAGUGCACAGACAAAAUGACAGUGACCAUAUAUAGUGGCGAGAGGUGACUUUUUUAACCGGGUAUGCUGGGUGGGUCAUGUCAAAAAAUGUAAUAAGUUGAAUGGGUUUAUAAUAAACGUUCGUUUUAGACAGUCAGUUGGUUUCAUGGCAAAUAGCAGCACAGUUAAAAGUAUUUCUAAUACUUUGGACCUUUUAUUGAAAGUUACUUUUACUUGUUGAGACAUUCCUUCAUAAUUAAGCACCUUUAAGAAGCUGUGAUUGUGAUGUUUGGGUACGUUCACACCGCCGCCGGCGAGAGCGUCAAAAUUCGCCUUGGCUGCCCUGCCAACAACGCUGUACCUGUACCAAAGAGCUUAGAACCCAAGAGGCGACACUUUGAUAUUUUUUGGGUAAGAGCCACUAGAUGGCGCUCCGGUAGCGUGGCCGCCAUUAUGGGAUGAAAAUACUAACUGGACAAAUAGAACCCUUCACAUCUUACGCACCCAAAAUCGGCGAAUUUCAUUGCCAAAUCAGAAGCGCAAUAGAACAGUUUUUUAAAUUAAUUCACCAGUAAAUUGUAUGGCUCCCACAGUAAAUGCUGUAUUGUCUUAUAUAGGUUUUAUUUUACCAGUUGUGGAAUCCAACCAUUCAACCAUCUGAGGUAACGUAGUUAAAAUGGAAAUACUUUAUUGAGUAUUUCCAUUUUAUGCAACUUUACACAUUUAUUAAUGGUAAAUUAAUAAUUAAUAAAUUUAAGAUCAUCGUGUUUGCAGUGAACAAUAUAUUUUAGACCUAGUGAACGCACGGUUCCGAAGGCGCCACGCGCGAAAUGGGCGUUUGCAAAAUGUGCUGUAUUUUUGUAAUUCUGCUAGGUGGCAUUAUUGUCGUAGAAACUACAUAGGCUAAUGGACUAUAUGCAUGGUUACUUCCUGGUUGUCCUUAAGCCAGCUCGGGCAUUUCCGGUGAACUGUUAGCUGUUUAUUCUGUAGGCUACUCGCUGUACAUCGACACAAAACCAUCAAUGGUUUACUUUUUUAUGUUGUAUUCAUAUUUUAAUGCAGUUAUCAUAUUUACCUAAUUUGCCAAUAAACCAGUGUUAGUGAUUGCAAUAAAGACGGAGCUAUUCGGACCGUUUAAGAAACGCCAUGUCUGUAAUUAGACACACACACACAUUUUUUUCCAGCACUUCAAAUGUUAUUUUUAAUGUGAUGACCACAAACAUUACUUGUUCAUCCUUCUGAGAUCGUCCCAAUUGUAAAACCGAACGUUUCAAAAUGUAGGAAAUUCAACAUUUGAUAGAAAACAUUUUUUUUUUUUUUUUAAUAAAAAAGACAAUAAUUGCUAUUAUAACCAGCAGGUGGCGGCAAAGUAGCAUUUAUUUGCGCAUAUAUCAGCCAUUUCCUCUAAUCGUUUUCCACCUAGUUUCGUUUUUGACUAAUUAUGAAACAUUAUAAAAUAACUAGGUUUAAAAAUACAUUUUGUCAAUGUGAAGUAUGAAGUACUCACAAAAUCUUAUGAAAAACAAUAACUUUUCUUGUGAAUGAAUUACAGAGAGCGAGCACUGCGCUUUCCCUUUAUAAUCACAGCACUGUCAGUCAUUGCAGUGCAAGAUCAAUGAUUUCGGCACACUUGUGAAAACUCACAUUUUAUUCAAUGAAUCAAACUAAAGUGCACAAUAAAUAUUUAAUUUUUGAUGCUUUUUUUCCACACGAAAGUGUAAAAACUGAUGGUCGAAUUUAAUUUAGCAGAGGAGGAACACUGAGGUACGUCUUUACUUAUUUUUUAUGCUGUCUUACCUUUGAAUAACUAAAUUAAUGCUAUGCCUGACUAUUUAAGCGACUAUAUUCUGAUUAUAAACUAAGUAUUACACUACUGAUGCUCAACACACCAGCAAAUUACAUCUCACCGGAAGUUUUUAUUGCGGAAGUUCUAAAGAACGCUCCGUGCAUAUAGUCCAUUACUUCGCAUUUAAACGGUACAGCAGGACAAGGACAAAAUGAGCUGACAGACAAGACAGAACAGGUUACUUGAUAUAGCUGGAGCGCGCCUGAAUGAAUGAACAUCAGGGAAGGUCCAGCAACUUGCCUAUCUGGAUCUGCUCUUGGAGAGAAGAAAAAAAGAGAGAAAGCAUGCCAUGUCUGCACACGGAGUCCCUGCCCUCUUUGCCCGCUGAAGGCAGGUAUGGAGUCACCUCAACCCGCAGGGGGUCCCAAGGGUCCAGGUCCAAAUCUGGUAAAAAAGGGAAGAAUGGAGAGAAGAGUGCACGUGUGGAGAGGAAUGAAAGCGAGAAAGAGCAGAGUGUCAUAACCAGUGCUGGAUGGUUCUUCUCACCUCUCUGGACCCCAGGUACCAAAACACAGAGACUGGGAUUCAGGAUGGGAAAGGAAAGCGAGAGAGUGAAGGCAUGGCUGGAUGAUCAUUCAGAUUCUGCCAGGUCUUACUUUAGCAGAUCUUCAAGAUAUUGGUUGAAUGGCUGUGUAGAAAGAGCCCAGGCAGCCCAAACCCUCAUAACUGAGCCAAGGUCUAGGAUGACUAGCAGACGCAGGGUGUCCCACCCUAUGUGUGGGCCCUCUCGAGGGCUUGUGCAUCCUGUCACAAUGGAAAGACCACACUCCUGCUUUUCCCUCCAUCAGAUUGAUAAUCCUGAGAGUUUGGACCACUGCGAGGGGCGUUCUCCUCAAUCACUGCAGUCUACAUACUUUCCAUUUUCACCUUGUGUGUCAAGGUCAAAGUGUUUGCCGUAUUCUCUGAGCUCCUCAAGUCCAGCAGGACAGUGUAGAAGAGGCGAGUCCUGUAACUUCAUGAUGCGCCUCGUUGGUGGUCUGAGUAGACCUCUACAGAACAAAAACCUCUGUCUUCAGGUCCUACAACAUCUUUGUGAGAUCACUCAGGCUCAGCGCUGCUGUCUCUCAAUGACAACGGUGGACAAAACAGGUGUAAAGUGUUUGGGUCCUGUCUUCCAAUCAGAUGAGGAGUCUGUCUACGGCUACACACAGGCAGAGUGGGACAAGUGUAUUAUGGGAUAUGUGGUCAGCACUGGGAGGCCUCUUAACAUCAGGGAUGUCUGUGAGGAUCCAAGAUUUCAAAGUGAACUGUAUGAGAGGGGAGAGGACAGACCCAAGAGUAUUCUCAGUGUACCCAUCCUGAACCACAAAAAGGAGGUUAUAGGUGUCAUCAUGGCUGUGAACAAAAACAGGCCGGGCAGCUGUUUCUCUGAGCAAGAUGAGAAAGUGCUGUCGUCACACAUGGUGUUGUUCGGACUGAUCCUGGAAAACAGUCAGCUGUGUGAGAGUUCUGAACAAGAGAGCAAACGCAACCAGGUACUGGUGGAGUUGGCCCAGCUGGUGUCACAUGACUACUCCUCCGUGGAUGACAUGCUCAGCAAAAUGGCUGCCAUCAUCCUGCCAGUGACAAAAGCACAAUACUGUACUGUUUUCAUCUCAGAUGACAACUUCACGGGGCCUUUUUCAAGGAUGGUCCAUAUAGAAGACACAAAUGGCUCUGUCCAGUGUUCCACAAGGGAUUGUGACACCAGCGACACCAGCUACAUGUUUGCUGUGCAUGUGCAAAACUCUAUGGAGACGCUGAACUUUGCCAACAGGCCUGCCCAGAUUUCCAAGGUCUCUCAGAUUAGAAGUUUGAUUUGCACACCUCUGAGAGGCAAACAGAGAGGUAACGUCAUAGGUGUGUGCCAGCUAGUCAAUAAAAGAAACAUGGCCCGCUCUGAGACGGAAGUUUUUAGCCAAACUGAUGAACUCCUCCUGGAGGACUUUGCGGUGUACUGUGCUCUAGGAUUGCAGAAAUUCAAUAUGCAGAAGUCGGCAGAUAAAACCAGAGCCAGGCUGGCUGUAACUAAAGAGGUCUUGUCUUAUCAAAUCUCUGCUUCACAAGAAGAGAUUCGUAACUUAGAGGAGUCCAUCAUCUUGUCAGCAGAUGCUCUCUGUCUACUGGAUUUUGGCUUCAGUGAUUUUAAUAUGUCCCAGGCUGCCAUGACUCAGGCCGUUGUGCGCAUGUUCCUGGAUCUUAAUUUGCCCCAGCAUUUCAACAUUGACUACAAGACCCUGUGUCAGUGGGUUUUGAGCAUACGGAAGUGCUACAGGAACAAUGUGGUCUAUCAUAACUGGAGUCAUGCAUUACGCACUGCCCAGUGUAUGUUUGCCAUGCUGCAGACAAAGGACCUACAGGGUAAUUUUAGCAGUCUGGAGGUUCUUGCUCUCAUGAUUGCCUGUCUGAGCCAUGAUCUGGACCAUAGAGGCGUGAAUAACUCUUAUAUAGAGAGGAGUAACCAGCCUCUGGCACAGCUGUAUGGCCACUCAUCCCUAGAGCACCAUCAUUAUGACAUGUGCCUUCUCAUUCUCAACAACCCCGGCAGUCAGAUUCUCAGCUCACUCUCACUGAAGGAAUACAGGGCCUGUGUGCAGAUGAUUGAGAAGAACAUUCUGGCAACAGACCUUGCUAUUUAUAUAGAGAAGAGAACUAAGUUCUUUAAACUUGCUCAGAAUAACAGCUGUCUUUGGAAGGAUGAAGGACAUAGAGAACUGCUGAGGUCAAUGCUAAUGACAGCAAGUGACAUAUGUGCAAUAACUAAACCAUGGCCAGUUCAGAAGCAGAUUGCUGAACUUGUAGCAACAGAAUUUUAUGCACAAGGAGACAGAGAAAGGUGUGAAUUCAACACUCAGCCAACUGAUUUUAUGGACCGUGAAAACUCCUCUCGUUUACCUCACAUGCAGGUUGACUAUAUUGACGGGAUUUGCUCUCCACUCUAUGAGGCCCUGGCCAGCAUUUGUGAGUCCUGUUCUCCUCUGAAAGAAGGUUGCAGAAGGAACAGAAAACACUGGCAACAGUUGGUAGACAGCAGUAAGGAAGAAGAAAGGAUAAAAAUGAAAGGACAAAAUGGAGAAAAGGAAGAAGCAAGUUAAAGCAGAACUUUCUCGGGGGACCAUUCAUAUAGUGGACCAGCAAGAGAGGAAACAAAACUCAAAGUCGCAUCUGAUAUUCAGAUUAUUACUAUAUACAGUAUGAUGACAUUAAAAACAUUAACCAUU